CACCUCGCGUUCCAAUCUGCUUCUUCCUCAGCACUUCUCCUCCCUCCUCCCCCUCCAUCAAUUCUUAGCCUUCUCGCCACGCCGCCAGCCAACCUCCCCCUUCCCUCCCCUCCCCUUUUCCCCCACCGAGCUCACAUGAUCACGCGCGAGCUCCGCCGCUGCUGACCUCGCAGAUGUCUCUCGCGGCGUCAAUGCGCUUUGGCGGCGGCAAGGCCGCGCGGAGGCCGGGCCGCGGCGGCGUGCGGAGGCGCGGCGCGGUCGUCGUGCUCCUCGCGCUGGCAUACGCCGCGGGGCUGCUCGUGUUCCUGUUCGGCGGGAGGGUUUCGGGAGGAGGCGGCGGCGGUGGCGCGGGCGUGGAGGUGGCCUCGCUCCGGCGGCGCAGCGCGAACGCGCCGCAGCAGCCGGGGUCGGUGUACCGCAGCCACCUCGUGUUCGAGCGGCUGUGGCCGGCCAUGCGCGACGACGCCACGUCCACCUCCUCCCUCUCCUCCUCGGCCUCGUGGCGUCGCAGCAUGUUAAUGACAUCACAUUAUCAAAACUCUGGGGAGCCAUGGAUGCCUUGUAUCAACAGUAGGCUGAUUCGAUCAGAGUUUCCACCUUCAAAUGGCUAUCUCAUAAUCGAAGCAAAUGGUGGUCUGAAUCAGCAACGACUUUCUAUCUGCGAUGCAGUUGCUGUGGCCAGCUUGCUUAAUGCAACUCUUGUGAUCCCAACAUUUCAUUUGAAUAGCGUCUGGCGUGACCCUAGUAAAUUUGGUGGUAUAUUUGAUGAAGAUCAUUUCAUUGAGACCCUCAGAGAACAUGUAAGAGUUGUGAAGACACUUCCUGAAGAUGUAUUGCUGCGCUUUAAUCAUAAUAUCAGCAGCAUACCAAAUAUGAGAACUAAAGCCUACUCAUCUCCACACCACUAUGUGCAAAAGGUGCUUCCCAAACUGCUGGAGUUAGGGGUUGUGCGCAUUGCCCCAUUCUCAAAUAGAUUAGCUCAGUCAGUUCCAUCAAACAUCCAGGCCUUGAGGUGUUUGGUAAACUACCAUGCAUUGAGAUUUGCUGAGCCAAUAAGAGAUCUUGCAGAUGAUUUGGUUGGCCGAAUGAUCAAAAAGAGUUCUUUGACUGGCGGGAAGUAUGUCUCAGUGCAUCUUCGCUUUGAAGAGGAUAUGGUAGCCUUUUCUUGCUGUACAUAUGAUGGUGGCUGGAAGGAGAAAACUGAAAUGGACAAUGUUCGUGAAAGGAGCUGGAGAGGGAAGUUUCGUCGACAUGGUCGAGUGAUAAAUCCUGAGGCAAACAGAAGGGAUGGAAAAUGUCCUCUUACUCCUCUAGAGGUUGGUAUGAUGCUACGGGGCAUGGGAUUCGACAAUACCACCUCCCUCUAUGUUGCUUCUGGUAAAAUAUACAAUUCCGAAAAAUACAUGGCUCCUCUUCGCCAGAUGUUCCCUCUUUUAGCGACGAAGGAUACUCUUUCUUUGCCUGAAGAACUUGCUCAGUUCGAGGGGCACUCAUCUCAGUUAGCAGCGUUAGAUUACACUGUCUGCAUUCAGAGCGAAGUGUUUGUGACAACUCAAGGGGGAAACUUCCCUCACUUUCUGAUGGGGCACAGGCGUUACCUGUUUGGAGGGAAUGCAAAGACAAUAAAACCAGACAAACGGAAGCUGGUCUUAUCUUUUGAUGAUCCGAAUAUCAGAUGGGAUCGGUUCAAGAACCAUAUGCAGGAAAUACUGCAGCACAGUGACACGAGGAGCAUUGCAUUCAGGAAACCAAACGAUUCCAUAUACACCUUCCCAAUGCCUGAUUGCAUGUGUCAGCAAGAUGGAAUGAUAUAGGCCUAGCAUAACAUAGAAAUCGUUUUUUUCUUUUUGGAGAUACAUAUCACACAAUUGGUGUAGGUACAAUCUGUAGUCUGUAGGUAGUCACCAUAUAGCAAUCUUCAUCGGAAAUUUGUUAAUUUCUUUGCCUCUAGGGUCUGUAGAUGAGAGUUGGGAGUUGGUUUUGCUGUGGGUGUUGGCAUAUUCCACACACACACAAGGAUUUUGACAAGUGAAAACCAAUAGCCUACUCCGUCAGUGUAUCUGUAAAGAGGACGGCUAACUACAAAGAAAAGAAGUUCCUGAUACAGUAUACCAUGAAUUUACACAUUCAUUCAUUUCAUCUUGCUCUAGGCAA